UUCUGCAUCGUGCUAAAACUCAAGUCGACUUUAUAUAUACAGCGUCAAAAAUUUCUAAGAUACAUCAAUAAAAAGAUGGCUUUGGAUCUAAACCCACUUCCAGUUCCCGAAUCCAACGUAGAGGACAUCCAAAAGUUAUCCAACAAUAAUUGCGAUGCAGUAACAGUUCUUACAAACCCCAAUAAAAAUAUGGCUUCGGAUCUGAACCCUUUGCCAGAUCCUGCACCCAACGCUGAAGUCGUCCAAAAUAUAUCCAACUAUAUAUGUGAUGGUAUAACUCAGCUGAUCCUGUGGCGCAAUUGGCGAAAGUCGAUUCUGGUAUUCGCAGUCCUCCAGUCUAUAAUCUAUGAUCUUUCAUCGGAGUCGGCAAUAUCUGUUCUGAAUGUAUGGGCUGUGACUGGACUAUGGAUAACGAUCUUCUACCGGUUAUAUGUGCGGUUUCUCCAGCUGAUUAAUAAGACCAAUAUCCAGGGAAAUCCCUACCAGAAAUAUCUUGACAUGGAUAUAAGUAUUUCCGCAGAGCAGUCGAAAGAGCUGGGACUCUUGAUCUCAACCAAAAUAUUUGGGCACCUCGAUAAGCUACGAGCGAUAUUAUUUGUAAAGAGCGCAUGGGAAUCUUUCCAGUGGUUUGUCUUUCUAGGUGGAAUGUUUCUGAUUAUGAAGAAUAUCAACUUCACAAUUUUGUUCCAAUUUGUGUUGGUUUUUCUGUUCACAAUUCCCAAAAUGUAUGAGAAGAAAUCACUGUUCGUAAAAUUUUUAAAACUCCGUAACUGCAACGACGAAGUAAAACCCACUCAAUUAAUCAUUAAAUCUGAAACUCAAGAUGAGAUGGACAUGACCUCUUCAAAGCAUUCUGAAAAAGAAAUUGAUAGUAUUAUUUUAAAGAAAGAGGAGGGUACAAAGAACUCAAUCGAUUCAGAUGUAAUUCACGAACCCUGUGCUGGUGGCGAUAAUAUUGCAAUCUGUAAGUCUGAAGAAGAAGCGUGUGAUGAGUUCGAGCGCCUUGCCGAUUCCUGGACGGAUGAAGAUACACAAGCUGAUACAUAAUUUAACAAUUUCGCAAUCUCUAUAUAUUUUGAAUCGAAAGGAGAUUUAUGCGAGCUGUUGCUGAGUUAC